AUGUCCAUCCUCGCUGCCAGACACCCUUGGAAGCUUGUGCCAAGCCUGAAGGUCAGCCUGCCCCCUCAUCAGCCCUUUUGUGGAGGCCAUGUCGCACACAAAGCAGCUGGGGGCUGUGUGCUGGCGACCAGGGGUGCAGGGCGGAUCGUCAUUGACCACCACUCCCCGCCUAAUUACCUCCUGCCCCGGCCUCGCCUGUAA